AUAGUAAAAUUGUUGAGAUUUCAAAUUGUUUGUUUCUAUACUCAAAUAUAUACAAAUUUAUAUAUAUAGAAACAAGAGAAAAAACCCCGAAGUCGAACACCGUGACCUGACUCUGUCUACCUGCGGGCGCAGAUUUCCGCGAAGGUAGCCACGGAUUGCAGGCAGGCCGUGGCCUGAAGGUUGUUUAUAAGAAGCCGACGCGCCGUCCUAACGAGCCAGACAAUGGACACUUCGGAUGCAGUAAAUACGUGCGCGGAGGAGCGCUGCAGAGAUCAACUACAGUGCUCGAUGUCCUCCGUGGAUCUUGAGAGCGAAACCGACCUUUCGCUGGCCUUCGACCACGAGGAAGCAUCUCCCGUGGGCAGCUGCGACGAGCUGCCAACCUUUGAAAUCCGCGCCUUCUCCCCGCACGGACGCACCCCGUCGCCGAUUGACGACCUCAACCUUUCGGACAUCGAGACGCCUAAGCAACUGCUCCUCCCCCGUACCCAGGAGGUGGAGACCCGCCAGAACAAUCCCGAGUACGUGGCCUUGCACGAGAUCAACGCCCAGAUCAGCCCGCCCAGCGACGCCGAUGAUUCUGGGGCCACGCUGAGCCGCGCCAACAGUCUAGAGACCAUCUUCGAGGGCGUCUUUCUGAACACUCCGCCGCGCGAGGCCACCAAUGGCAGCCUGAACUGCAGCUCCUCGCGCUACACGCCCAAGCGCAGUCGGUCCAAUCUCAUGGAACUGAUGGCCAUCGGCAACCGCCUACACAAUGGCAAGGAGAACCAAUCACCGGGGGCAACGCGAGUGUCCAACUCACAGGACCCCACCUAGUGGCCAUCGCGACCACAACUAUACCAAAAUCACGGAGCCCUCGCUCAGACUGCCAUCAAUGUUCUAGACUAAGAUACGAAUUAAAUAUACCUAAGUGUGGAGACAGCAUUCCACCAAGCGGGUGGGUGUACGCAACAUUUUGUGUAUCCUGCCCUGAUCAGAUAAUAGAUGCUUGCCUGCCAAGGUCAGACUAGAAGUUAUUAAUUUUUAUGGUCAAUAAAGAUUGUCUUUCAAUGUUUCAAACAUCAAC